AUGAUUCCCCGAUUUCUUCGGCGUGGCAGAGCGCGCAAGGACUCUGCGAAAGAAAUAUCUAAAGAAUGGAACCCGGCGACGUUCUACAUCAUCAUGUUCACAUUGAUCGGCUCGCAGGCCAUUCGCAUGCUUACUUUGAAGAACGGUUAUGCGGCGUAUACUCGGACGACGGAUGCGAAGAUCGAGCUUCUAGCAGAGAUUAUUGCACGAGUCAAGAGUGGAGAAAAGGUGGAUGUGGAGAAGUUGCUGGGAACCGGCGAUGAGGCAAAGGAACGAGAGUGGGAUGAAGUAUUGCGCGAUAUUGAAGCCGAAGAUUCCCUAUGGCAUGAGAAGAAGACGGCCCAGUCAAAAACAGAGAAGGUCCAGGAGCCCGAGAAAGAACAAAAGCAGCCCGCACAGCCUUCGGAAGACCAAGUCACCGAGGAGCCUGUUAAGACAGAGUCUAUGCGAAAGCUUAGGUUCUAUUGA